AUAGCACUCAAGGACUUCACCGAAUUGGCCGAGUACAUUUGCAACGCUGACAACCCGGUGGUACCCCGUCGCAUUAUGGAUGCGCUCACCCGCAUGAUCUCCGUUCGCAAGCGUAUUUCUCACCGGGUGUCUGCUAUCUCUCGGGACCUCCCUUACAAUGCUGAAGCUGUAAGCCGCUACCUGUCUUUCAUCAAAACUCUUGAAGGUCUCAAGGAAAUCCUUAGCCUUCGCAAAUCCGUCGAGGAGCUUUCGACCUCUUUCGCUGGUCUGCAUGUCGAGGAGCCAUCCACAUCGUCCUUUCAGGUCCCAGCAGCGCCUACACCACCGAGUGAAAACGAACCAAAAUAUUGCGCCGAAUUACAAAGUGGGAUUGAAGAGGCUUUCCUGGCCCUGUGCCUGCUGCUCAAGGAAUACCGGGAGCUCCGGGAUGUCAUAGCCAACACGUGGACUCUGUACAAGGAGGGUAAUUGCAGUUUGAUUACGGCAUCUAUUACAACCGACACAGCGCUUAAAACAGCUCGGGCCCUCGAAAAUGACGCCAAGGACCUUUUUGACAAACACGGGGGGUUCGAGCAAAUGCUUCAGAUUCUCUAUUGUGAUUGGUGCGCAAGCUGCAAGCAGUCCCCAGAUUUCCAAGAGCAGCCGAUGGAUGCCAUGAACUUCAACAUGUACGAUGUGUCUGAUAAAUUCUUCUACCCGACCUUUGUACAGUUAAAAAACUUCUGCUUAAUGGUCAACCUCCAGCUCGACGCAAAGCAGCUUCCUGUAUUCAAGCCCGGUUUCAUUGUCGGAUACAAACCAUACGACCCAUCGAGGGAUCGGAGCAAAUUGAGUUCCCGAGAGAAGUACCAACAAGACGAGAUACUUAUGAUGGAGAUUUUCGCCGAAUUUGCUCUUAUUUGCAAGACCACAGACACUCUCUCCGCCCAGGACGAACUCACUCUAGCAUUGCGUAUGCUCUUCAAAAACAAAAGGAUGACCCUCAUGGUGUUGUUCGCGACGCAGGUUUUUUUUGACACACACCACAUUCUCAAACAGGACGCAUCGAAAGGAUUUUGGGACCUACAGCGUAUCGCCCGGCAGAUUGACUCUUCGCUCCAAGAAAAUUUCGAGUUUCACAAGUCCUUAUCCUUGAAGAAUGAAAGCUGGCCGCCACGUUCUGACCUGCUGCUUGAAGGUAUCCGCUCUCGCAUCAACCACUGGGUAAAGUCAGACAAGCUUCAGAAGAUGGCCUGGAAGUCGGGCCGGGCGCCUGGCAGCGCGUUCGUGUGGUUGAAGGGCCACCCUGCGUUUUGUGGUCUUAUGACGUUCAGUAUCCAGGCCAUGUUCCAAGUAUGCGGUGUGGUUUUUGCUAAUGCCUGGGGAUCCAUCAUGUCGGCCGCACAUAUCUACAACGCAGCGCGCCAAGAAAGUGUUUUGACGAGGGUUUGGAACGACAUGGAAAUACUGUUCAGGUUGCAGAAUCGGGACGAGAUGCUGGGCGGCACACCAAAGAGCCGUGAUGAAUACUUGAAGCAAUUCUACCUCCACAUGGGCUACUCGGCAACGCCGGCAGCCUUACGGGACACAAGCAAUACAGACAGACAGUCACCGAAGAUGCCGCUGCGCAUGUUGCAUGAGCAAACACCCAUGAGCUGGUUGUUCGAGCAUCGCUACUGCCGCGGCCUCGGAACUUCUACGCUGUUGAAAGACCACUGCGCGCUGAUCAUCAUGCGCAGCAAAUGGAACAUCGACGAAGCCACGACCUCGUCCUUCUUCGACAUGCAGUUCUUCUUCGCCCAGCCCGCCGCCGUGAAGCAGUUGAUCUACGACCAAACCGUCUACAAGCAAUCCAAGCCGCUAAGGUACGCCCUGCUCGAACACCUCCGCACUGCCCUCCAAAACGAAAUGCCCGCCCUCUGUUUCGACUACUUCGCGCUGCACCGCGUCAGCUGGACUCUCCUCCAGCGCAUCAACUCCGCCUGCGCCCCGCAGCUGCGCGACCUCUACGGCCAGGACUACCUGACCGACCAGAGAACGCUGCCGGACUUGGUCGGAUUCAUCUUUGCUGCGGCGGCGGGGAACAAGGAGUUCGCGGGC